CCCGGCAUCUGUAGGUAGUUCAUCUUUCCGAAGUAAAAACUGAUUCGAAGUGGAGCCGACCGGCAGAUGUAAAACGAAGCCCGCCUCCAUACAGUUCCAUCGACCAAUCGAACUACUAUGCUAACUUUCUCCAAGUCCUGCAUCUCUUUGUCUCUCGGAUUACGUCUGACACCCGCCAUAUCAUCGUCUGCCUCUUUCUCCACCAGAUGCAGAGCAAAAUCAGUCAACAGCUUUGCUCUACCGCAGCAACGCCCUCCGCUCCCCAAGAAGGUCCCUUUCACCGUCUCUGCUCACGGAAUGACGUGGCAAGACCCGUUCUAUUGGAUGCGCAACACCACCGAUCCUGAUUUCGUGGAAUAUCUCAAACAGGAAAACUCAUAUGCGCAAGCAUUCAUGGCCGAUACCAAAAACAUUCAGCGAACUCUGGUUUCUGAGAUGAAAAGCCGCAUGCCCGAAAAGUUUUCUACUCCUCCUGAGCGAUGGGGCCCUUGGUUGUACUUCCAAUACAUACCUGAAGGGAAGGAGUACCCGGUUCUGUCUAGGAGGCUAGAAACACACAACAGUUGGCUGAACACUUUUUUCGAUGGUUCAAGAAAGGGAAAGGAGCAGAUUUUGCUUGACUGGAACCAAAUUGCAGAACAAUAUGGUUAUGUACAUGUGGGUACAUGUCGAAUUUCUCCUGAUCAUAACUUUCUAGCAUAUACCCUUGACAUUACUGGAAGUGAACAGUUUAUGCUUCAAAUUAAGGAUCUCAGGAAUGGAUAUGUAACUCCACGGUCACGGGUUGAUGGAGUUGUUAGCUUGGCAUGGGCUCAAGAUAGCAAUACUCUGUUCUACACUAUAUCAGACAAGAACCAACGACCUUACAGGGUUUGUUGUGCAAGAGUAGGAUCAAAAAAUAUGGAUGGUCUUUCCGUAUUUACAGAGACUGAUAACAACUUUUGUGUGGACAUAACAAGCACAAAAGAUGGCAAGUUUAUAACUAUCAAUUCAAACUCAAGGACUUCAUCCGAGGUUUAUGUGAUUGAUGCAACCAAUCCACAAGCUGGUUUGCAAAGAGUACGUGAGCGUGUUUCUGGCAUGCAGUAUUUUUUGGAACAUCACCAUGACUUUUUCUAUAUUUUGACAAAUGCUCCUUCAAGUGAAAACAUAGAGUGUUCCGGCCACGAAUAUUACUUGGCUAGAUGCAGAGUUGAAGACAUUCAGUCUUCUAAUUGGCAGAUUAUCAUCUGUCCAACUGGAGAUAUCAGCUUACAAGAUAUGGACAUGUCUGAUGAGCAUCUGGUGCUUUUUCUUGAUAAGAAGGGCUUUCCUAUGCUAUGCUCUAUUGAUUUGCCUGUCAAUGUCGAUAGUAAGUCUCAUUUGAAGAUUGAGAAUCUUAAUCCAUGGUUUUUUCCUCUGCCCUCAAGUUUAUGUAGCAUUGCUCCAGGUUCAAACCAUGACUUCAGGAGUUCAGUAUAUCGAGUGGUGCUGUCAUCACCUGUGAUCUCUGAUGUGAUUGUCGACUAUGACAUGUCACGAAAAAUGUUCUCUAUCGUGCAACAAGAUGAUGUAAGAGGUGUUUCAAGUGAGCCUACAUUAUCAUCUUCCACUGAUGCAGUAGAUACAUUCUAUGGGCACCAUGCACAAAAUGAUAAGGCAAAAGAAGGUCCUAACAUUGAAUUACAGGGCUGGAAGGACUUUUCUGAUGCUUACUGCUGUGAAAGGAAAGAAGUAAUCUCAUACGAUGGUGUGAGGGUUCCUCUAACUAUUGUCUAUUCCAAAAAAACCUGGCGGAAGAGUCUGUCACCAGGGCUUUUGCAAGGCUAUGGAGCAUAUGGGGAAGUCCUAGAUAAAAGCUGGUGUGCAGACCGCCUGACUUUACUUGAUCGUGGUUGGGUGGUGGCAUUUGCUGACGUGAGGGGUGGAGGUGGAGGUGAUUAUCUGUGGCAUAAAUCUGGUAGUGGGUUGUUCAAACAAAAUUCUAUCUAUGACUUUGUAUCAUGUGGCAAGUACUUAAUGAAUGAGGGCUAUAUUCACAAAGAUCGUCUCAGUGCAAUUGGAUUCAGUGCUGGGUGUGUUCUUGUGGGUGCAGCUAUGAAUAUGUACCCAGAUCUGUUUCGUGCUGCCAUUUUGAAGGUGCCAUUUCUUGAUAUGUUGAACACCUUGUUGGAUCCUAGCUUGCCUCUGACAAUAUUGGACUACGAAGAAUUUGGAAAUCCCGAAAUAUUGUCUGAAUUUCAGUGCAUUCGAAGUUAUUCUCCUUAUGAAAACAUUCCUCGUGAUAUUUGCCAUCCGUCUGUGCUGGUUACAGCGUCCUUCCAUGAUUCAAGGGUUGGAGUGUGGGAAGCUGCAAAAUGGGUUGCAAAAGUACGAGAUAGUACAUGUUCUUCUUGCUCUGGUUCAGUCAUUUUGAAGACAAAUAUGAGCGGUGGACAUUUUGGUGAAGGUGGCCGCUUUGCUCAGUCUGAGGAAACGGCUUAUGAUUAUGCCUUUCUGAUGAAAGUUUUGGGUAUGAGCAAUUAAUUUGUGUUUUAUUAUUAGGAGAGCAUGCCAUACAUUUUUAUUUAAAAAAUAAUUAUAUCAAUUAUAUAUUUAUUAUUAAUAAUUAUUUAUCAGUACCUUGCUUUCAGUCUUAAA